CCUCUCCUGGCAGAUAUUCAAAGAAUCAUGCCUAUUCACCGAAUGCAGACAGUGUUUCCACAUCAGCCGAGAGCGUAGCAGCUCGCUGCAUGAUUGCAGAGUUUUUUGCAGAAUUCAACAAUGCAAACUGCCUUGAGUGCUCGACUUCAUUGUCAACCCCUUUCAUAAUGGUUCGAACUCGCGUUUCCGCGAGGCGAACGCAGCUUUACAAAAUAAAGCUGAUUAAUCGGAUUCGGCGGUCGAAGAAGCUGCUCGUGCUCGACCUGGACCACACCUUGAUCAACGAUGACUCGGACGAGGUGGUACCUGUCACCAGACCGUACUUGCGGCGAUUUUUGACUUCGGUCUACAAACACUACAACCUCGCCAUCUGGUCAGCGUCGUCGAUGAAACGAAUCAAAAGGGUCUUAAAGGAGCUGGCCCUGGACAAAGACCAACGCUUCAGAUUCAGUUUCCUCGUCUGCCACAAAGCGAUGCGCAGCGUCAAGAAGGGAGGAAAAAGCGUUACAACCAAGCCCCUGGCCGUGAUUUGGGAAAAUUUCUGUCGAUGGAGCGCCAAAAACACGAUAAUCAUCGACGACAAAGAUGAAAACUUCCUGAGAAAUCCGAGAGAAGGACUGAAAAUCAAAAGAUUCGAGUGCGAACGGCGUGACCGGGAGCUGCGGAAGCUGUCCGUAUACUUGAGGAAAAUCUCCAAAUACAGAGACUUUCGAGUUCUAAACCACAAGAAGUGGAAGAACUGCUAUUAAAAUUUCAUAUUUU